AUGUCCUGUAGAGGUCAGACAGCUGUUUAUUAAUCGUCCAGACAGUGCUGCCAUGUUGCCUGGGAACCAGUACACUCCCACUGGGCAAAACAAUGUUUGAAUCAACGUUGUUUCCACGUCAUUUCAACAACAACAAAAAAAUCUAUGUGAUGACGUUGAAUAAAUGUGGAAAACUGAUUGGAUUUUCAAAAAAGUGAUCGAAAACUGUGAACACAAGGGCAAACUCUCUCUCUAUCUCUCUCUCUCUCUCUCUCUCUCUCUCUCUCUCUCUCUCUCUCUCUCUCUCUCUCUCUCUCCUCUCUCUCUCUCUCUCUCUCUCUCUCUCUCUCUCUCUCUCCCCCUCUCUCUCCCCUCUCUCUCUCUCUCUCUCUCUCUCUGCUCUCUCUGUCUCUCUCCCCUCAUUUUUGUUAGACCUCAGCCGUUGUCUUGUUUCUAAAGGCAACAUGAAAGAGGAAGGGUGCAGAUAAAGUUUGAGAAUCAAAACCCCCUCAUUGUGUUUUGAAUCAAAACACCCCCUCAUAUAGUCCUUCUGGUCUAAAGUAGUGCACUAGAUAGGGAAUAGAGUGCCAUUUGAGACAACAUUUUUAAACACAUCUUCCUGUCAACACAGUUAGUAGACAGUAGAGACACAUGAUUUUGUAUGAGUCAUAUCCGCAAUGUAAGUCCAAGAGAUGUCACAAUUCUUCAGCGAACAACUGGAAAAUACUUGAUAAAUAUACUGUAUGUGAUUCUUUAACCUGCGUAGAGCCAAUCAGAACAGAACCGUUCUCUUUACAGAGCAGAUUAGAAUGACACAAGACAGUGAAACUUCUCUACAUUUUGUCUUCUGUUGUCCUACGGCAUCCCUCUUAACAGAAACUGUCGAUGCCAAAUGCUUUUCCCUUUGUAGUGCGUUACUUCUGACCAGGGCUCAUGGGACCAGGGCCUAAAAUGAACACCUGCCACCUUCCAAAUGCAUGUAGAUCUUAGCAUUGGCGAGUAAGAAUGUCUAAUUCAGCAGCCAGUGGUCAGGCUUCUACAGUGCAGAGCAUUUCAUAAAAUAGUCAAGUCAAGUAUGGCAACAUGUACGAGUUGUGGUUUAUAGCUAAAUAAAUGUUUUCAAAGUAUUUCGGCCGUUUUGUUUCAUAUCUGAUAAUGCACAAAGAAAUCUGAAUCCUAACGUUAUAGCUAUCCCACCUCGCACAGCAACACUGCCUGUCUGGGGGGCAGUGCACACUGUGAGUGAGGGGCUGAAAGAUGAGUUUUUAGACACAAUGUGAACAGGCAUAGAAGGGUCUAAUUGACUUAAAACUCUACUAAAGUGAGACUUUGUCCUUGUGUUUCUUGGCUAUUUACAUAGUCUUCUUCACAAGCUAGGUUGCUUUUCAAUGUUUACGUUUGCUUCCGCUGCUAGCGAAGAGACAGCUGGCCUCUACUAGUGAGAAUCUCACAGGCACACUUGAGGACUAUGCAGUCUGUUACCAAGGUAACCUUAAAGGGGCAGCUGAACGUUUUUGUCUCAUCCGUGACCUUUUGGUUAAAAGACUCGGGUCACAUAAUAUUACAUUAAAUUGAGAAAAAUACCACAUUACUUCUUACUAGUAAUACAUUUCUUGUUUUACAAACAUUACUAAGCAUGCUCAUCUGUUUUUUGUGUUUUGUUUUUGUAAUUAUGGCGAAAUAAAUAUUGACUGGUAAAAACAUCUGAGUGGCUGGUAGAUUUUAAAAAUCUAACUGCCAAUGUGGCUGGUAUACAAAACAGUUAGUUUUAGGCCCUUUUAUAGUAGUGCACAUGCAUACACACACACACACACAUGACAACAUACGCACUAUACACACACAUACACAUGGAUUUUGUGUUAUAGAUAUGUGGUAGUGGAGUAGAGGCCUGAGGGCACACAUUUAGUGUGUUGUGAAAUCUGUUAUGAAUGUAUUGUAAUGUUUUUAAAAUGUAUAACUGCCUUAAUUUUGCCGGACCCCAGGAAGAGUAGCUGCUGCCUUGGCAGGAACUAAUGGGGAUCCAUAAUAAACCCCAGGAAGAGUAGCUGCUGCCUUGGCAGGAACUAAUGGGGAUCCAUAAUAAACCCCAGGAAGAGUAGCUGCUGCCUUGGCAGGAACUAAUGGGGAUCCAUAAUAAACCCCAGGAAGAGUAGCUGCUGCCUUGGCAGGAACUAAUGGGGAUCCAUAAUAAACCCCAAGAAGAGUAGCUGCUGCCUUGGCAGGAACUAAUGGGGAUCCAUAAUAAACCCCAGGAAGAGUAGCCGCUGCCUUGGCAGGAACUAAUGGGGAUCCAUAAUAAACCCCAGGAAGAGUAGCCGCUGCCUUGGCAGGAACUAAUGGGGAUCCAUAAUAAACCCCAGGAAGAGUAGCCGCUGCCUUGGCAGGAACUAAUGGGGAUCCAUAAUAAACCCCAGGAAGAGUAGCCGCUGCCUUGGCAGGAACUAAUGGGGAUCCAUAAUAAACCCCAGGAAGAGUAGCCGCUGCCUUGGCAGGAACUAAUGGGGAUCCAUAAUAAACCCCAGGAAGAGUAGCCGCUGCCUUGGCAGGAACUAAUGGGGAUCCAUAAUAAACCCCAGGAAGAGUAGCCGCUGCCUUGGCAGGAACUAAUGGGGAUCCAUAAUAAACCCCAGGAAGAGUAGCCGCUGCCUUGGCAGGAACUAAUGGGGAUCCAUAAUAAACCCCAGGAAGAGUAGCCGCUGCCUUGGCAGGAACUAAUGGGGAUCCAUAAUAAACCCCAGGAAGAGUAGCCGCUGCCUUGGCAGGAACUAAUGGGGAUCCAUAAUAAACCCCAGGAAGAGUAGCCGCUGCCUUGGCAGGAACUAAUGGGGAUCUAUAAUAAACCCCAGGAAGAGUAGCCGCUGCCUUGGCAGGAACUAAUGGGGAUCCAUAAUAAACCCCAGGAAGAGUAGCCGCUGCCUUGGCAGGAACUAAUGGGGAUCCAUAAUAAACCCCAGGAAGAGUAGCCGCUGCCUUGGCAGGAACUAAUGGGGAUCCAUAAUAAACCCCAGGAAGAGUAGCCGCUGCCUUGGCAGGAACUAAUGGGGAUCCAUAAUAAACCCCAGGAAGAGUAGCCGCUGCCUUGGCAGGAACUAAUGGGGAUCCAUAAUAAACCCCAGGAAGAGUAGCCGCUGCCUUGGCAGGAACUAAUGGGGAUCCAUAAUAAACCCCAGGAAGAGUAGCCGCUGCCUUGGCAGGAACUAAUGGGGAUCCAUAAUAAACCCCAGGAAGAGUAGCCGCUGCCUUGGCAGGAACUAAUGGGGAUCCAUAAUAAACCCCAGGAAGAGUAGCCGCUGCCUUGGCAGGAACUAAUGGGGAUCCAUAAUAAACCCCAGGAAGAGUAGCCGCUGCCUUGGCAGGAACUAAUGGGGAUCCAUAAUAAACCCCAGGAAGAGUAGCUGCUGCCUUGGCAGGAACUAAUGGGGAUCCAUAAUAAAUACAAACACAAAGGGAAGAAGGUGCCAACUGGUGGGGAGACCUUGAGUGUCUAUAUGAGCACAGGAAAAUGGAUGACCAGGGCCUCUUUCCUGCUGUCUGUCUGAGGGAUGAACGUUUCUGAGACAGUAAACAUUUACUGACCUAGUCAAAGGUCAUUUGAACUGACCUCUAGACCAUGACUGUCCUGACAUUCACAUGCCCUUGUCGUCCUGUGACAUGAAAAUAUACCAACCAUAACAAACCCUGCUCCUGCUAGCAUUCCGUACUCUCUGGACAGCCCAAACCCUGCUCCUGCAGGCAUUCCGUACUCUCUGGACAGCCCAAACCCUGCUCCUGCUAGCAUUCCGUACUCUCUGGACAGCCCAAACCCUGCUCCUGCUAGCAUUCUGUACUCUCUGGACAGCCCAAACCCUGCUCCUGCUAGCAUUCCGUACUCUCUGGACAGCCCAAACCCUGCUCCUGCUAGCAUUCUGUACUCUCUGGACAGCCCAAACCCUGCUCCUGCUAGCAUUCCGUACUCUCUGGACAGCCCCAAACCCUGCUCCUGCUAGCAUUCCGUACUCUCUGGACAGCCCAAACCCUGCUCCUGCUAGCAUUCUGUACUCUCUGGACAGCCCAAACCCUGCUCCUGCUAGCAUUCCGUACUCUUUGGACAGCCCAAACCCUGCUCCUGCUAGCAUUCCGUACUCUCUGGACAGCCCAAACCCUGCUCCUGCUAGCAUUCCGUACUCUCUGGACAGCCCAAACCCUGCUCCUGCUAGCAUUCCGUACUCUCUGGACAGCCCAAACCCUGCUCCUGCUAGCAUUCCGUACUCUCUGGACAGCCCAAACCCUGCUCCUGCUAGCAUUCUGUACUCUCUGGACAGCCCAAACCCUGCUCCUGCUAGCAUUCUGUACUCUCUGGACAGCCCAAACCCUGCUCCUGCUAGCAUUCCGUACUCUCUGGACAGCCCAAACCCUGCUCCUGCUAGCAUUCCGUACUCUCUGGACAGCCCAAACCCUGCUCCUGCUAGCAUUCUGUACUCUCUGGACAGCCCAAACCCUGCUCCUGCUAGCAUUCCGUACUCUCUGGACAGCCCAAACCCUGCUCCUGCUAGCAUUCCGUACUCUCUGGACAGCCCAACGCACUCUGGGUUGUAG